GACACCAGCAGGCGAGAAGAGGAGAUCGCUUGGACAACUGUCUUUUUUUCCCCUCUUUUUCCCCCUCUUCAUAGCAUUGUCUACCAAUGCAGUUGCCUGUAAGGACUGUUAAUAGCUUUGUUUCUUCUAUAGCACUGAAGUUUUUCUUUGCUCAUCAACGUUGCAGAUAAUGCAGAUUAUUGUUUAGUUUUCAUUUACAACAGGGAUAUAUAUUUGAUUUUAAUCAGGAAACUUAUCAGUAUUUUUUUCAUACAAAAUGAAAACACGUGGCUUUGACGCUGUAAUUUAUUUAUGCAUCCCCUUAUUUUACUUGAGUUGCGUUUUACACAUAGUUGAAUGCCAACAGCAGCAGAACACAAGACCAGGGAACCCUCCACCUGCAGGUCUUUUUAGACAGAAAAUACAAUGGGAAAAUAACGGGAGAGUUUUCAGUUUACUAAGUCAUGGAGCCGAAUACCAGCCGCCAAGGCGAAGGGAUCACAAUACUAAGCCAGAAGAACCGAAACAUAUCAUAAUCAUCAGUAACAACCAGACGACGGAGGUACAGAAUUCAAGACCCGCAAGCGUUCAGCAAAAUUCUCAGUCUACAACUGCUGCACAAAGCCGACCAGGUGCGGGUCCCCGCUCUGGAUAUUGGUUUCAGGCGGGUGUUAACAGGCGUGGGAGACCAACUGGGGCAUCCUCCGCAACACAGGAGAGACAAGCAAGACCCGGUCCCAAUUCUGCAGGUGCCAGACAGUCCACAGCAGAGACCACGUCCGGUACAAGAAACGAAAAUCGAACCGGACAAAAUCCUCCUCCACUAAGCAAUCUGAGACCCGAGGAUGGGAUGGUGGGGGAUGAUCCCUACAAUCCUUAUAAAUCCACUGAUGACAAUCCGUAUUAUAAUUACUACGACACCUACGAAAGACAAAGACCAAAUGGUGGACAAAGGCCAGGGUACGGUACAAGGUACUUCCAGUACGGUCUUCCCGAUUUGGUGCCAGAUCCCUAUUAUAUACAAGCUUCCACAUAUGUACAGAGAAUGGCUAUGUACAACCUAAGAUGUGCCGCAGAGGAAAACUGCUUGGCAAGCUCAGCCUACCGAUCUGAAGUGAGAGAUUAUGAUACGCGAAUGCUACUGAGGUUUCCUCAGCGAGUGAAGAACCAAGGGACAUCGGACUUCCUGCCAAGUAGACCGCGCUACUCGUGGGAAUGGCACAGCUGUCACCAACAUUAUCACAGCAUGGAUGAAUUCAGCCACUAUGACUUGUUGGAGGCCAAUUCACAGCGAAGAGUAGCUGAAGGUCACAAAGCCAGUUUUUGCCUUGAGGACAGCUCUUGUGACUACGGCUAUUAUAGACGCUAUGCUUGUACAUCACACACCCAGGGCCUGAGUCCAGGAUGUUAUGAUACAUACAAUGCUGAUAUUGACUGUCAAUGGAUUGACAUUACUGAUGUAAAGCCUGGAAACUACAUUCUCAAGGUCAGCGUGAAUCCAAGCUAUCAGGUUCCAGAGUCUGAUUAUACAAACAAUAUUGUAAGAUGUGACAUUCGCUAUACGGGCCAUUAUGUCUAUACUUCGGGCUGCAGACUUUCACCGUACUAAUGAAAUGGCUGAUUUUCUGCCAAAGAAUACAUAGGAAAGUCUGAAGGCAAUCUGUCAGAAGAAAGUCUGAAAGAAUGCCUUUACCAAAGCCAUGAUAUAAGUGUUAUUAAGUAAUACAAGGACUGCUAUGAAUACUGAAGAGUAAGAAAAUGAAGAAAACCACAGCUGUUAAAUGUGUGGCAAAUACAAUUUAAGAAACUUAUGCGCUCUUUAAAGAACAUUUAACUAUACUUUUAAAAAUUAUCCACAAGUAACUAACCUUUGCUACCUGAUCUCUUAAAUUCCAGAACAGUGCAUUUUUACUAUCUGUUCAGAGUUUAAAUAUGGAUAGCAAGCAAACACAAUCUCAUUUAGGAAAUAGUAGAAAAAGUAAAACAAUAUUAAAGUAUUUGUAAGGACGUUAUAUAUGCAUUAAACAUAGUUUAUUCUU